GAAGAAGAAGAAGAAGAAGAAGAAGAAGAAACAGAAUCAUCAAAUCAAAUCAAAUCCCUAAAAGUUGAUUCUGCAAUGGAGAAAAACGCAUCGACUUCAUCGUUGAAGGACUUGGGUCCAAGUGGUCUAGAUCUAACCAGCGCCUUUUUCAAACCGAUCCACAACUCCGAUCCUCCUCUCCCUUCAAACCGACGUACCAAAGUCUCCGUCGUCGGAGUCGGUAACGUCGGAAUGGCCAUCGCUCAAACCAUCCUCACUCAAGAUCUCGCCGACGAAAUCGCUCUCGUUGACGCCAAACCUGAUAAGCUUCGUGGCGAGAUGCUCGAUCUCCAACACGCCGCUGCUUUCCUCCCUCGAACCAAAAUCACCGCUUCCGUUGAUUACGAAGUCACCGCUGGAUCUGAUCUUUGUAUCGUCACUGCUGGUGCUAGACAGAAUCCAGGCGAGUCUAGACUCAAUUUGCUUCAGAGGAACGUCGCUCUCUUCCGUCAUAUCAUUCCUCCACUCGCUAAAGCUUCUCCUGAUUCUAUCUUGAUCAUUGUUUCUAAUCCUGUUGAUGUUUUGACUUACGUUGCUUGGAAGCUCUCUGGUUUUCCGGUGAAUCGAGUUCUUGGAUCUGGUACUAAUCUCGAUUCCUCUCGGUUCCGGUUCUUAAUCGCAGAUCAUCUCGAUGUUAAUGCUCAAGAUGUACAGGCAUAUAUCGUGGGAGAGCAUGGAGACAGCUCGGUGGCAUUGUGGUCGAGCAUAAGUGUUGGAGGCAUUCCUGUCCUAAGCUUUCUGGAGAAGCAACAGAUAGCUUACGAGAAACAAACCCUUGAGGAUAUCCACCAAGCUGUAGUUGGCAGCGCCUAUGAGGUCAUUGGGCUUAAGGGUUACACUUCUUGGGCCAUUGGCUACUCAGUUGCUAAUCUGGCUCGCACUAUCCUCCGUGACCAGCGCAAGAUCCACCCGGUUACAGUCCUUGCUCGUGGCUUUUAUGGUGUUGAUGGCGGUGAUGUCUUCCUCAGUCUCCCGGCUUUGCUUGGACGCAAUGGUGUGGUUGCUGUGACCAAUGUUCAUAUGACUGAUGAAGAGUCUGAGAAGCUGCAGAACCGAAGAGUAUUAGCCUCCGCUUCUGGUUGUUCCGGUGGAGACUCGGCGGACAUGAGAGGUCUUUUCAAAUCCAAACCGCGGACUCCCGUUGAUAUUGUUCGUCAGACUCGCGAUCUCCUCCUCUAUGCCGAUCGAUCCAACUCUUUCCCUGACCUUCGAGAGUCCAAACGCGAGGAAAAGCUGGUGGAACUAAGUAAGAGCAUACGAGAUUUGAAGUUAAUUCUCUAUGGAAACAGUGAGGCUGAGCCUGUUUCUGAAGCUUGUGCUCAGUUGACUCAGGAGUUCUUUAAGGCUGAUACUCUUCGCCGCUUGCUCACUUCUCUUCCUAAUUUGAACUUGGAGGCCAGGAAAGAUGCUACACAAGUUGUUGCAAAUCUUCAGAGGCAACAAGUCAAUUCACGUCUUAUUGCUGCUGAUUAUCUUGAAUCCAACAUUGAUCUUAUGGACUUUCUAGUCGAUGGGUUCGAAAACACUGAUAUGGCGUUACACUAUGGUACUAUGUUUAGAGAGUGCAUCCGCCAUCAGAUUGUUGCAAAAUAUGUUUUGGACUCACAGCACGUGAAGAAGUUUUUUUACUACAUACAGCUUCCCAAUUUCGACAUUGCUGCUGAUGCUGCUGCAACUUUUAAGGAACUUCUGACAAGGCACAAGUCUACGGUUGCUGAGUUUCUCAUUAAGAAUGAAGACUGGUUUUUUGCAGACUACAACUCAAAGCUUCUUGAAUCAACUAAUUAUAUUACCAGGCGGCAAGCUAUUAAGUUGUUGGGCGAUAUAUUGUUGGAUCGGUCAAAUUCGGCUGUGAUGACGAAGUAUGUGAGCUCGAUGGAUAACUUGAGGAUUCUGAUGAAUCUUCUCAGAGAAUCAAGCAAGACUAUUCAGAUAGAAGCUUUCCAUGUUUUCAAGCUGUUUGUAGCGAACCAAAACAAGCCUUCAGACAUCGCCAACAUUCUGGUGGCAAACAGAAACAAGCUUCUGAGAUUGUUGGCUGAUAUCAAGCCGGACAAAGAGGACGAGAGGUUUGAAGCAGACAAAGCUCAAGUUGUGAGAGAGAUUGCAAACCUUAAGCUGCGAGAGCUUGCUUGAGCAUGCACAUAUACACAGAAGCUCAUGCUUUCUGUUUAAUCUUUGAAAGACAUUUUUGGACCAUCAAAGAUUGUUGUUAUUUAUUAGGUACUGUCUCUCUUUCUCUCUCUCAGCGACUAAUUGACUGGUCUGGAUUUUUUAGAUCAUAUGAAUUCACAUGUACACUCCUUUAGUGUCGAUCAAAUAAAAUGGCAUUAUAAUU